UGCCCUGACGCCUGCCUCGUCUCCCUGAGCCACCAGGGGGCGUCAGGCCCUCAGCGGGACGCCCAGCUCUGGGUCUGCUUCACCCUGAACCCUCCAGCUCCAGCCAAGCUGUCCCACCCUGCGUCCUCUCCAUCCUCCUCUUCUCCUCCUGCUCCUCUUUCUCCUCCCUCCUGGCCCCCACAGGCCCACCUGGACUCCCAGUCAGCCUUCUCCCUCCAUGAGGGGCGGGGGGAGGUGCCGGGGGCCCUGGACCUGGACCCCCAGCCUCUUCAUCUUGAUUCACCAGAGGACCUCAGGGUCCUCAGGGACCUCAGGGACCCGGGACAGCGACUCUGCCACGAUGUGUCAACUUUAACAGACCUUUGUUCAGACCUGCCAGAGUUGGAGAUUGUGAGCCUUUUAUCAGAGCCUCAGCCCAACUACACCCUCCGAGCAGACAGCGUGUUUGGAUACGACAAUGACGACUGGCUUCACAUCCCUCUGCUGCCGCCAACGGUCGUUCUGGGCCUCACACACGAGCAGAUUGAAGAAACGCUCAAGUACUUCUUGCUGUGCUCAGACAGAGUGGGCCAGGUCACCAAGACGUAUCAUGACAUCAAGGCCGUCACCCACCUGUUGGAGGAGAAAGAGCGGGAUCUGGAGUUAGCAGCACGGAUCGGACAGUCCCUCCUGAAGCAGAACCAGGAACUGACUGCACGCAAUGAAAUGCUGGAUGAACAGCUUGAAAUAGCAAAAGAGGAGAUUGCUCAACUUCGUCAUGAGCUGUCGAUGAGAGACGACCUCCUUCAGUUCUACGCCAGCACCGAGGAGAUCGAGAACGCCGAAUCACACUCACCAAUAAAAAGAAACGAGUCGUGCAGUUCUCUCAGCAACUUCGUCCACUACGACUUCCUGCAGCAGAAGCUGAAGGGUUUGGAGGACGAGAACCGAAAACUUCGGAUAGAGGCCAAUGAGCUCACAACAGAGACGACCAACUACGAGGAGCAGGAACAGGAGCUGAUGAUGGUGUGUGUGGAAGAACUCUCAUCUGUCAAUAAGCAGGUGGUCGACCUGUCGGAGGAGCUAGCACGGAAAGUGGAGGACUUCCUGCGACAGCAGGAGGAGAUCAGCUCGCUGCUCGCUCAGAUCGUUGACCUGCAGGCUCGCUGCAAAGGGCUCACCCAUGAGAAUGAAGAGCUGAACCAACACCUGAGUGCCUCCCGUGAGAGCCAGCUGAACCUUCAGUCAGAGCUCAAGGACCUGCAGGACAAGUACUCCCAGUGUGAGGACAUGCUCUGCGAGGCCCGAGAGGACAUUAAGAACCUGCGUAAUAAGAGCCUCCCCAACAGCACGGUGCAGCGCUACACCGCGCUGGCCUCCGUCCUCCCCAUGGACUCUCUGGCAGCUGAGAUAGAGGGAACCUUCCGCAAAGGCCUGGACACCCCGGCUCCUUCAGAGUACAGGAACCACCCGUGGCGUGUGUUUGAAACCGUGAAGGUGGUGAAUAAAGCCGUGAGGCUGCGUUCUCGUUGCCCCUCCCCGGGGCUGCCGGGCUCCAGCCCGCCGUCCACUCGCUCCAGUUGCACCAGCACGCCCAGAACCAGCUACUACGGCUCCGACAAUGCCAGCCUGAUUACUCUGGAGGACAAGUCAAUAAUCAAUAAUGCUCAGAAAGAAGACAACAGCGGUAGCGGUCCGAAGCGUCUGGGCCAGCCGGGAACGCCGGGGGGCCAGGACCUGGAGGCGGCCCUGCGGAACCUGUCGGCCCGCCAGCAGAACCACUCGUCUGAGCGGCCGUUCUUUGAUGUGGAGCGUGAGCGUAAACUCCACGCCUUGGCAGCAGACUGCGAGGAAGCCGAGGGCUCCAGUGGCUUCCUCACACCAAACGACAGCCUGGACUCGAGUCCAGCAGCAUCAACCGGCACCAACUACUCCAACGGCAGCUCCCGCCACUCCUGCAGCUCCUCUGGAGGGUCCAGGUCCUACCUGCCAGACCGCCUGCAGAUCGUCAAGCCUCUGGAAGGCUCGGUGACUCUGCACCAGUGGCAGCAGUUGGCCAAACCAAACCUUGGAGGCAUCCUGCAUCCCCGUCCAGGCGUCCUGACUAAAGACUUCAGGGAGCUGGAGGUCGACAUCCAGCACGUGUACAGUCUGAACGACCUGGAGGAGGACGAGCCGGACCUGUCGCAGCUCUCUGGAGCUCAUGGCAUGGUCUCUCCAUCCGGUCCCAACCUCCCUCAGACCUCUCCCACACAUACCAUUACCACCUGCCAAGUCCUCCAACCCUCCCUCCUCAUCCCCUCCUUCUCUACUGGCCUUCACUCUUUCGGCCUGCCAUCUUGUCGGAACUGUGAGCUCGUGAGCACUUCAUCUCCAUCCCACCAGCAGCACUUUGGCCCUGGAGGCGGGACCUCCACCUCCUCCACCUCCACCUCCACCUCCACCUGCUCACAUGUAGCCACUUCUUCACUGGGACUCCUGCAGCUGCUCCAGGAGCGAGGCAUCUCAGCCUCUCCUCAUCCCCAGCACCACCUGCACUACAGACAUAGUGCAAAACAUUCACCCUCCACAGCAAAAGACAAAGGUGGAGGCUCUCCAUCAGACUCGGAGGCCAGAAGGAGCGUUUUCAGUUUGAACUUGGUGGAGAAGCUUCAGAAUCUGGGACUGCACAGAGUGGCAGCCCGGGGGAUGACGUCCCCACAGCGGGAGAGAGAAGCACUCAGCCCUCCUCUGAAGGUCUGAUGAGGAUGAUGUUCACCUCUUCCUCCUCUCUCAUUCACCUGUAGUGACUUUACAUCGCCAUGUGGUCCCCACGGUGCAGCUCCGAGCUCGCAGCUCUGCUGUCUUGAAAAACAAGUGUGCUAGAGCCAUACUUUACAUUAUCUGUAGUGUACAGUAAUAUUCUUUUCUAUGAAUGUGUGUACAGGAGUUGAAUGUACGGUGGCCCUGAGAGCUCACAGCAACUGCAACUUAAGAAAAAACACAUGCAAAUACACAAAACACAAGCAAAUUGAGAAAACAUCUUCAUUAAUUUGACAACACAAGCGCAGCAUUUAGAAAACGGGCUGCAAAGACCACAACACAACUCAAUAAGAAAAGCUAGCGUUAGCGCCUAUCAUAGCAUGCUAACGUUAGCCGGCGAUCGAUAGCAUACUAACGUUACCUGGCGAUCGAUAGCGUGCUAACGUUAGCUGGCGAUCAAUAGCAUGCUAACAUUAGCUGGCGAUCGAUAACGUGCUAGCGUUAGCUGGCUAGCAAGACCAAGACCAACUCGGUGCUGUUGAGAGAGCCAGCGAUCGAUAGCAUGCUAACAUUAGCCAGCAAUCGAUGGCGUGCCAGCGUUAGUGCCUAUCAUAGCAUGCUAACGUUAGCCGGCGAUCGAUAGCGUGCUAAUGUUAGCUGGCGAUCGAUAGCAUGCUAACGUUAGCUGGCGAUCGAUAGCGUGCUAGCGUUAGCUGGCUAGCAAGACCAAGACCAACUCGGUGCUGUUGAGAGAGCCAGCGAUCGAUAGCAUGCUAACGUUACCCAGCAAUCAAUGGCGUGAUAGCGUUAGCGCCUAUCAUAGCAUGCUAACGUUAGCCGGCGAUCAAUAGCGUGCUAACGUUAGCUGG